AUGGUCACCCACCUUUUCUUUGCCGACGAUAGCCUAUUAUUUUGCAAGGCUAGCACACAGGAAUGUCAGAUUUUAAUGGCUAUUCUUGACCUCUAUGAAGCAGCCUCUAGACAAAAGAUAAAUGCUGAUAAGUCUUCAAUCUUUUUUAGCACUAACACCCCCUCGGAGCUUAAAGAUGAGAUUAUGGAAGUCAUGGGUCCAAUGCAAGAUUCAAAACACAACAAAUACCUUGGGCUACCGUCAAUUAUUGGGAAGUCCAAAAAAGAGGUCUUUGCUGAAAUUAAGGAAAAGGUGGCAAAGAAAUUAUCCGGAUGGAAAGAAAAAAUGUUAUCUAUUGGUGGUAAGGAGAUUCUCAUAAAAGCGGUUGCCCAAGCCAUUCCAACGUAUGCUAUGAGCUUUUUCUCUUACCCAAAGGGCUUUGUGAUGAAAUUGAAGGCAUGA